CUGUAAAACAGACUUUGAACUCCAACCAGCUCAGUAGCAGACAGCUGUGCAGAACAAAGCACGACUCCUGCACGAGGCUUUACGAGAUACCAAUUAAAAAAGGGAGCCAGAGAGGGAGAGAGGACGGCGUGUUUUAAUAGCUUUUCUUGGAGAAUACAUCCCAAAUCAAAAUAACAGAGAUGGCUACAAUGUUCAGAUACCCCGUCUUUCCUCAUCUGCAGGAUCCCUGUGAUCCUGGUUUGUCGCUGUCAGCAGGGAGGAGUGUCAUGGCGGAACCGGACUAUAUGGACGAAGACUGUGAUGAGCUCAUCAAGCCCAAGAAACUGAUCAACCCAGUGAAAACCUCCCGUAAUCACCAGGACUUGCACAGAGAGUUGCUCAUGAACCAGAAGAGGGGUCUGGCUCCUCAGAACAAACCUGAGCUCCAGAAGGUUCUGGAAAAGAGAAAGAGGGACCAAGUUCUCAAGCAACAGAAAGAGGAGCAAGAAGCCCACAAAAAGAGGAGUGACUUGGAGAUAGAGCUCAUGAAAAGACAACAGAAACUAGAGCAGCUUGAACUGGAGCAACAGAAAAUUGAGGAGGAACAGGAGAACACCCCCGAGUUUGUGAAGAUGAAAAGCAACCUGCGCAGGACCAAGCAGGAGACCGACGGGGAGGAACGAACCACCUAAAAAAAAACCCAUCAGGGGUGGCUGGGUCUGGCUGACUGUGCACAUUUUUGUGAGCACAGAGGCAACAGGAGUGUGUGUACAAAGGAGAGAGAGUGUGUUGUAUCUGUGGUACACGGUGGUGACCAUGAUCUUGGACCUGGCUUUCCCAACCUAGCUGUUCCUUCGUGCAGUGAGGAGAGAGACUUUAAAGAAUAAAGACCCACCCUCGGUCUGCCUGCAAUGGACCGCCAGUACUCAUACCCACCCAGCAGCACACAGCACCCCCCACAGGAGGACCUAACACAUGUUACAUGAUUUUUUUCCACAAGGGCGAGCAAGCUUUCAAGGAGCUCUGAGGGAGAUGCGACCAAACACACGCACACACAGACACACACACACAGGAGUAUUUGUCCCCUAUGUUUUUCACUCCUUUCUCCACAGCAAGCUCUCAUUUCUCUUUACUGUUAUUGAUGUUGUCAUUGUUAUUGUUGUUGUUUUUUUUUUUUGUUUGUUCUCACAUUCAGAAUCAAAAAAAGGAAAAGCGGACACUGGAUGGACUCUUGAAGCUGUGUAAUGUAAAAGCCAAACAAAUGUGCUUUUAUUAUUUAUGUUCGUAGCUUUUAGCGCUGGUAUAGGGGAGGACACUUUUAGUCAUUCUGUUUUGUUUUGUUUUUUUGUUUUGUUUUUUUUUUUAAGUUUGUUUUACUGCAUAGUAUAUGAAGCCAGAACAGGACAAAGGGAGUGCGUGGUUGUGUGAAACACUCGAAUUCGCUUUAUUUUUUUUAAAUUGUACACAUGCCAUUUCCUCAGCUAAUGCAAUUUUGAGCAAUAGUAAAACUCCCAGGCAUGAGAGUGACUUUUCUUUAUAUAUUCUGUUGUUUUCGUUUUGUUUUGUUUUGUAUGAAUAAAAGUGUUACUUAAUAAAUAAUUUAAGUUUUGUGAGGCU